AUGGAAAAAGUUAAAUUGAUUCGCUGCCUCGGCGUGACAUCUUGCACGAAUGCUGCUUUCGCCGCAGCUGGUGGGAAGUGCGGCGAAAUCUGCUUUGCAGCUGGAGGGGUGGUAGCUUUUUAUUCAGCGAGACGCGACCGUCAAACCAAAUUUUGUUUUGCGAAUGCGCCUGUGUCGGCGAUAGCAGUCAGUAAUGAUGGGAAAUUUAUCUGCGUGGGCUUGAAAAAAAGAGCAGGAACUCUUGUUGUGUUUGAUGUCUCGACUUGUGCUAGCAUAAGAUGCUUUGAUAGCACGCACGGGAUUGGUGUCAGUGCGAUUGCAUUCAGCCCGGCAGGGGAUAGAAUAGCUUCGGCUGGCUUCGUCGGCGACAAACGACCGCUUGUCGUUACGUGGAAAGAUUCCUCGCGUCCACUUCGAGUGCUUCGCUUAGCUUCCCGGUGUUUGGGACAGCUGAGGUGUGUGGCGUGGACAGAGAAAUAUUUUAUCUCCUGCGGAGAUGAAGGAUUGGUCUUUUGGGAUCCAAUUUCUCUGGACGCGCGGAAGUAUUGUGAGGUGAUAAGCCCUCUGUGUGAUGCCGCACCCCUCGAUAGAUGUGUUCUUGGUGUCUCCGCAACAGGAAAUUUCUUGUUGUUUGAUCCCGAGUGCCCUGUUGCAAGUCGUGUUAUGCCGCUUGGUGGACAAGCACUCGCGAUUUCAUCUACCAGUGACUUUGUCAUAACAGGGUGUGUUGAUGGCUUAGCACGGCUCUUCCGUGCUACUGACCUUGUAUAUGUAGACACACUCCCGCGUCCACCUCCCUUGGGGUUGUUCUCUGCUACGUCGCGAGGAGAUUUGCCUGCCUAUCCCGCAACGCAAUGCAUAAGGAUAGUGCACGAUGGAUCAUCCACCAGGGUGUUUGCUAUUUAUGCCGAUCGUUCGUUUUUAAUCUGGGACAUUGACGACCCUUGCGCUGUAGUGAAGCAUCGUUCCUUUCUUCACCACAUUGGAUCCAUCUGGGACCUCCAAUGCCUUGAAAGCCCGAGCGCAGAUAAAAUAGCUCUGUCUCUUGCCCUGUGUCCGUCAUUCCCAAAUGGUACAUUUAUAAGCUGCGCUGCUGAUCGCACUGUGCGGUUCUGGGACUUGGGAGUAGCUUCAAAAUGUGGCCUUGCAAAAUUGCGACAUAGGACUCGUCGGAAUGUUUUCUCGCGUGAUCUUCUCCAAUCCUUAAUUAUGGGGGAAACGAAAGAGGCUGAUACUUUCCAGCGAUUUAGCUCCGAAGAUAAGGUCAACUGUAAUGAGCGAACAACUGGCGUGCCACGCACGCUUGCCUGGAGAUCUGGCGGACUUCAUGUUGCAAUUGGGGACAGCUCAGGGACAAUAGUGGAGGGCCGUGUAAUUUGUAAUGCAAUGUCCCUCUCCGCGACACACACCAUCAUGGCGCACGGGGCCGAAGUCCUUUGCGUUAAAUAUUCAAAUACCGCGUUACUUGCUUCUGCGGGAAGAGAUGGUCUUGUUCAUAUAUUUGAUGUGACACAAGAGUACGCUUACUUCCAAACACUCGAAAAUCAUGGGGCUGGCGUACCAACUACAGCACUUGCAUUUGGGGUGGAUGGAACUAAGCUUGUUACCAUUGGAGGGAACGCAACGCUGGCCUUCUGUACAAUCGACAGGGAACGAGACCUUCCCAUCAAGAGAUACCGGCGCGUCAGAACGCGACCAGCCCCGUCUCCAGCCUAUGACAUAGCAGUCGAUGCGACCGCAAAAUACGUAAUCUGUGCUGGUGCAGGUACUCGCCUUGAUGUCCGUUCCCUAAUGUCGGGAAAGCGUGUUCGCAGCUACGAAUUAGCAAACCAAGAAUUGCAUUGUUCUGAUGUCUAUCGCCUUUGUGUUGAUGACGCUGGUGUUCACGCAGCAUGCUGUUGUUUUGAUGGUACCGUGCGGCUGUUUGACUUUUACUCUGGCUCGCGUCUUGCGUCAACCAACGCCCAUGGUGACCUCGUAACAUGCAUCAGUUUUUCCAGGGAUAGCACAAAAAUCCUCACCGCCGGCAGUGAUGGCUGUGUGCACGUGUGGGCGCUUGUGCCAGAAUUGGUACGUGUAGCAACCGAGCGUCAAACUGAGCUCACAGCAAUGCGGGGUCAAGGGCACACGAUUGAUGACACAGUGGCUACUGCACCAGCCUGGGCGAGAACGUGCCCACGAAUGGGAGUGCCUCAGAUGUUGAAAAGUCGAGCUAUGUACCUCUUGGGUUCUGGGACAAAUCAAGAUUUCAACCCCGAACUAGUGACACUGAAGCAUCACACUGAAUUUGAAACUAUUGACGAAACUGUUCGAGCGACUGAAGCUAGCUCAGUAUCUUUCCCCGAUGACCUACGUUCAGUAACUCCUUUACAGCAACAAGCUUCAAAACACUGUAGCUCAUCCCCAACUCUUCACCACGAGCGGAGUGUGUUGAAAAGCCGCCAACGUCGCCAAGAAACCACGAUCGCGGUCGAAAACAUGCGUGCAAGACUUGCCGCUAUGGGCAUACUCAAGGUCGGCUUAGUCCAGGAUCCACCACGCUCUAUCAAGGUCGAGGAUAUUCGGGUGGGCCCAUCUCCGCCAGAGGUAUCGAAAACAAAUGCAGCGAGCGUCUGUCUGGAAGCUACAGUCCUCCAACAAAAGACGCUGCAAACGCGUGAGGUGUAUGAUGCCGCUCUCAGGGAAUUAAAUGAAGCCACUGAUAAUGCUUUGCGUCUCUACUCGGAGCUAUCAUCGGUGCCCGUAGAUACGCCAUGCACAUCACGUAAUAUCGGCGCACCACCCGUUGCGGCAGAGCUAAUGACCCUGAUGUUCCAUUCCAUUUUUUUCGAUGUCCGGAGGCGCUUAGCCUCGAGCAGCAACCAGACCGGGGGCUUUUCAAAAGACCCUGCAACCGGAAGGUCACUCUUACCAGUACCGGAGCGCGACUUUGAGCUCCACCUCGAGGACGAGAAAGGCAAAGUUGGUGGAUCUGGCGCAGCUGUGGUCGAGGUGCGUCUUGUCCGUGGCCCCGCCUUCGACGUUGAAUCUGACCCUUCCCUCGGAGUUCUGCGUCUGCCGCUCAGAACCGCGCUCGCGGAGACAUCGACCCUUCGAUGGGAAUCCAGACUCCCACUAGGACAGAAGCAAGAAGAUAACGGUAGCGAGCCAUCGACAUCACUGCUCAUCGAUCGUGGCGCGUCUUCUUACCUUACUCUGAGUCUCUCUGCAACAAAUGCGCUAUUUGAUGCGAUGCUUGGCGGCACAAUACUAGAAUUCUCAGAUUCUGCCAUCCACGCAGCACCGUCAGAGUGGUUUUCAUCCCAAGCUGAAGCUGAGGAACCCGCCCAACUUGCCACCUUUGACCUCGAAAUAAGUCUGCAGCUUGAGCGCGAUGUCAUGGAUAAUGACGUGAUCAUGGGGACAAUUUCAUCCGAUAAUCCUCGAACGACGUCCAGUUCAGUGUUCUGGUCUGCUAUUGUGGACAAAAAUGAAGGAGCUGAGCGACAGGCCAAUGAGUCUACCGAGACCAGUGAAGCACAAAUAGCGAUUGAGCUCGAAACGUAUAAUAUUGCCAUGUUAGCAGCAACGGUCCCGGUUGAAUCUUUUCUCGACGUUCCCGACUCGCGGCUGUCGGCGGCUCUAAAGCUAACCUCCUUUGGCGUGGGCAAGAGCGCUCUGGCCCCAUUACCUCCGCGGACUGACCAACCUCCAAUCGAGGAUGAGGAGGCGCCCGUUCCACGUGCCUCACCCCGCCCCUUGGCCGUGGCUAUUGAAGGAUGUACUGCCAUAAUUUGCGUGCGUAUCAAAGGUCUCCCAAGCAGCUAUGAUACAAUGGGCGCCUGGUCCGGGAUGAAGCCAAGUGAAAAGCUUCAUCAGCAUCUGAGUAUGCUCGACUGUGUGCCGCCAAAGCGGAGUCUCAAGAAGAAGACGCCCCGGAAUGUAGAUGGCGAACUGGAACAGGAGAUUGACGCAACACUCAGCAAGAUCUUGCAAACAUACGAGGUACUUCAGAAAAAGAGAGAAUUCAUCGGCUGCGACAGUGAGCAGCGGCAACGACGGUUGAAGAAGCUCCUCGAUGAGGAUUCAACCUCACAUGGCUUUCGUCUAAAUCUCACACCUAGAAUCCAGCGUGUCGUUCGGAAGCGGUAUCCAGUCCAGCCGGAAAAUGAGAGCAGGGAGCAGGAGCUCAUCGGCGAAGCUUACACUCACCUGAUGGAGGUUACAAACACUCUUCUCACGGUUCGUGGCUGUGACGGCGUGCAUCAAGAUGCAGCAAAGAACCCGCGACUGCCAUCUGCUGAGGAUGUACUCGGCCAGCGGCUCGUGCUUGCGGCAGACGCCGAAGCAAAUGAGCUCUGGUGUGUUGCGGCGGACGAACACAAAGCAAUGCUGUCUGUCGCAACCUUGUCAGCUUCUGACCAAAACAUCAUGGCAGAGACGUGGUUCGAGUACUCGACCUUCUUGCUCCGGGCGCUCGGCGAUGCAAAAGGGCGGCUUUCUUUCUGUGCUGACUGCCUUGACGAAGCGAGACAUGCUCUUGACGAGAGUCUUGCUUUGCAACUGUCAGAUAUUAACCAUAUCAGUGCUUUACGUCUCCGGGGGUGUAUCUUCCUCGAGCAAGGCCGAUUGGUCGAAGCCAGAAACGCGCUCCAAGCAGUUCUUAAAGCACCAUCCACAUCCAAGGGGGCAACACCCUCAGUUGCGUUGGAUGCAGCGCUUCUUUGUAUUGUUCUGGAUGUACAGGAGGACGGCAUUGGGGCACACGACGCUGCAGUGAGAGCAGCAACAGCGGUGGCAGACAAUAUUCCCAAGAUCUACAGGGCCGUCGCUGCUUUUCAGGACGCUGCUGAGUAUCUCCAGCGCUGGUCUCUCGUGAGUACAUCCGCGCGUGCACUUGCAAUUGUUCGUCGAGCCUUGUUGGCUGCGAACGCUAGAGCACAUUUGAGUGCAAAGGGACAUAUUCAGAUGCCGUCGAUUCUUGUUGCCCAGAGGUGUGUCCUCGAUGCUAAAUCUGUCCUGUUUGUCGAGCCAGCACGGGCAGUGGAUCUUGCAUCACUCGCAACCUCAACUGCGCCAAGCGCAAAGGCUUACGAAACAUUAGGUGAUGCACAUUUCAACCAGGGUCGGAUUGAAGAGGCGAUUGAUCCCUACAAGGAGGCAAUUCGAUUGUGCCAUCAACGAUCUCCGGUUGACAUCGUACCCCUCGCACUUCGGAUUAAGCACGCAAAAAGUCUCCUUCAGACACGCCAGUAUGAUGCCGCGCGCGAUGCGUUCAUUGUCGCCGCAAAUGAAUGGCAGACUUCCAGCCUCUGGCUUGGGGCAGGGGCCGCCAGUCUACGCCUUGGACGCAUAAAUGAAGCUGACAACUUUCUUAGACUUGCGACGGUCCGUUCUGCUCGUAACGCGCCACCUCACGCAUGGCUUGCUCUUCUCCAUGCAACUGAGGCCGAUCCCUGCGAUGCUGAAACGCACGCAUCACAAGUCCUCGACCUUGCCAUGACGCUUGGGAUCAAUGAUGCCUCUCUUCUGCGAGAACUUGGAAACGCGUACUUCGCGCUCGAGCGAUAUGCUCUUGCUGAAGCGCUGCUCCGACGUGCCGUUGCUGCGGAACCAAAAAAGGGAGCAAAUGCACACACACGGAGACGACUUGCUGAUGUCCUCGCCGCUCAAGACGCCACAGAAGAUGCCAUAGAUAUGUACAAGAUUGCGCUCGCAACUUCAGAAGAUAGCAAUGAGCGUGAUGAUAUAUCUGCGACCCUCCAGGGACUCCUCGCUGCCGUCGGACGUUCUACUGGCGUCAAGGAAAAUCGCGAAAGAGAAAGUGCAACUCCCUUUGUUUUCAUUGCCGAUGAAGACGCGGGCUUGUUCUCUUCUGGUGUCUACACUUACACCGGCAGGGCAUGUAACUCUUUGCCAUGGCAAGUGGUUGCUCGGCUUGCAGCACGCAAUUCGAAUGGCGCAACACCCGAGCUGAACGCGCUAUCAGAACUUCGGAGUGCCACACUCAGGGAGCUAAAAAGGCGCUGGGAUGAACGCUUUCGCAAUUCAGAAGCUUACCGGGCUCUUCUUCGAGACGCAAUCAAAUCCCGUGACGCAGUCUUGUGCUCACCAGGUAGGGCUGAUGCCCUUGAAGAAGAGUAUGCACCUAGAACGCAUGCUGAAUGUCGACGCUUUGUAGCAACGCUUCGUACAUUCCUAACGAAUUUGUGUCAUCUAAAUCGCCAAGUCAAGGGCCAAACUACUCUAGCACUUCGCGUGUUUCGGUGGUGGAGACGCCUUGCUGGUCGUCUUAAGACUCUAUGUAGCAGCUGCAUCAAUACUGAAAAAUCUUCAUUUCUUGUGUCUCUCAAAGGGCACAACAUGCAGCAACCGAAUUGUCUUAAAUUCAAAGAUGAUGAGGGCUACUUCAUUCAUGCACGGUCUGAGCUACGGGGUGCUGCACAUCGACUGCUUGUGCGCCCUCCGGCUCACGAGCAGCAAUCGAUUAUUGACAACUGUACUCUAGAGAAGAUUUCAGUGCUUCUUAGACGUGAGCGCUCUGCGUUUAAGUUCAGCACUGCAGCUGCCAUGUACGGCGCCCUUUUUAAUGACUGCGCCACGCAGCUGGAAACAUGGCUCAAUAUCCAUGUCUUUACGCCAUUUCAUUCGUCACAGAUUGCCGGCGAACUUGCUGUUGCUGAAGCCCACGACUGCGACAUCAGAACAGGACACUGGCAAACCCAUGACUUGGAAAAAAUAGAGGCGAUCUAUGACGCGGCAAAUAAUUCUCAAAAUAUGCUGCAGAACGGCACGCUUCUCCUGUGGGACUUUGACAGUUCCCUUCGCCGUGGCAUUCAAUCAUUGGGAAUUCAUCCUUUAAUGACUCGAGCUGAAGCAAUAAUUCUUAUUGAAGAUGGGAGAGGAAUCAGGCACGCACUCAAAGGCGACACAGAGCCCGAUAUAGAUGGCGCCCUUGCUUACUGUGGCUCACUUGAAGUUUGUGGUCUGCCUAAGUUAUUUGUCGCUAUUCUAUUGGAUUAUCCUGUCGGAGUUCGGGGUCAUCGUGCUCUUGAGAUUGCGACACGCAUCGCCGCCCUAGGCGAUGCUGUGCAUGCUGUUGCCAGUGGCUCACCAGCUUUGCCGCACUGCAAGAAAUGCCAAAUACAUCCCUCACGCGACACUAGUCACGGCCCGACUACUCUGGUUCUAAGCAGAGGCUACUCCCACAAGUAUAGAGAAGGGCUGUCCAGAUGGAACAUUGUGAUCGAAGUUGACAGAGCACAAAUCAUGGUAGCAACCGGUGUGCUGGCUGUCGAAUCACCACCGCCACCCCCCCUAAAAGCAUCUAGGACUCUAGCUAGGAGCCUCUCCGCAGCUCAAGCUGCUGCGGUGUCCCUCAGGGAUGAUGCUGAUGGCAAGACAAGGUGGCGCAAGUUCCUACAGAUUGAAAAUGAUGACUCUGAGUCUUCAGAUUCAGAGUCCUGCGGUGAUAGCUUCAAAUGCAGUGGUGUGCCGGUCUCUGCUUACACAGUUUUUGCGAAAGGAGUGCGCAGCUUCAUUAAUGAAAUUGUUCUAGUGCCACUUCGACUAUUUGCUUUUUCUCAUGGAACGGCGUCUCGCAAAUUUGCGGUAUUCCAUGUCGGAAACUUCCUUCAGCAGCAUUGCGUAGACAUCGAAUUCUACACGGCAUUUUUCGCCUCGGAUUUCUUCAGGUUUGCACUGGAAAGCAGCAUCUUACGAGACGAAGAACAACUCGAGAAGUUCAGGAAAAAACUUUAG